AUGGAAGCUUCUGCAGAAUCCAAGUCCAAAGGCAAGGCCGUUUCAUUUGCAGCGUCUCCACCUCGUUCCGAAGCUGUCCCUCUCCCGUUAGCUAAAUAUAAAAAGGGCCUUGCCAUCGGAGAUUUCGUCCUCAGACUCGGCACGAUCGGAGCCUCCAUGGGCGCCGCCGCCCUCAUGGGGACCAACGAGCAGAUUCUUCCAUUUUUCACUCAGUUCCUCCAGUUCCACGCUCAGUGGGACCAGUUUCGCAUGUUCCAGUUUUUUGUGGUAGCAAAUGCAGCAGCAGCUGGAUACCUUAUACUCUCCCUGGCAUUCUCGAUCGUGUGCAUUGUUCGACCCCUCGUCGUAGCACCCAGGCUUCUACUUGUAAUCUUGGACUCAGUGAUGAUGGCGUUGGUGACGGCGGGUGCUUCGUCGGCGGCGGCCAUAACAUACUUGAUACAUAAUGGGAGCCAAGAUGCAAAUUGGAUGGAGGUAUGUUCGCAAUUCACAGACUUCUGCGCGGGUGCGAGCCAGGCGGUGGUGGUUUCUUUCAUUGCCGUCCUUUCCUUCCUCUGCCUCAUCCUCGUCUCCUCUUUGGCUCUCAAGAGAUACUGA